CUGUUGCCGUCCAGAGCGCUGCUCACCUCAGAGGCUCAGAGGACGCCGGCGGUGGCACAUGGCUGUGCACGGAGCCCACAGCUCCGGCGCCGGCGUGCACUGCACAUUGCCUACCACCCUACCACGCCCUCACACGCGGCCGCCGCCCUCUCGUCCCACCCAAAAAGAAAGACAAGAGGUACAAGACGACGACCCCGAGAUGCGCCACCUCGGGGUGUCCCCGAGCUCGCCCUGUAGGGUCCGACCCCGCGCCGCGGCACCAUCACCGCCCGCCCGACUCCAGCCGCGAGUCACCUUCCCUGCCGCUAGCAUAGUGCACGCGCGUGCGGCCGCGGGGGCGACGCCGGCAUCACCUCCACACCACAGGCUUGAGGCGGUGAGACGUGACCAUGAAACCGUACCGGAAAGCCAAUUCAGGCUUGCAGUGGUUACUGGUGGAAACAGAGGAAUUGGCCUGGAGGUAUGCCGCCAGCUUGCUGUGCAGGGUGUAACGGUCAUUCUUACAGCAAGGAACGAGAAAAGAGGCAAAGAUGCAGUCCAAUACCUUCGCCAUGAAUGUAACCUCUCCAACGUCAUCUACCAUCCUCUCGAUAUCUUAGAUGGUGAUAGUGUUGCCUCCUUAGCUAAACAUAUUGAGAGCAGAUAUGGGAAGCUCGACAUCUUGAUGCAGGUGAACAAUGCAGGUGUUGGAGGAGUUGUGGUAGACCAGGAUGCCCUGAGAGCUCUCAACAUUGAUCCUGACACAUGGCUAUCGGGUAAAGCCGCCAACCUGCUGGAUCGUGUGGUCGUUCAAACCUAUGAUGAAGCAGUAAAAUGUGUGAAUACCAACUACUACGGAAUCAAAUGGGUGACAGAAGGUCUCCUUCCCCUGCUCAAACGGUCCACAUCAGGAGCAAGGAUUGUGAACACCACCUCCCUUCGGUCUGAGCUGAAGAGAAUGCCGAACGAGAAGCUGCGCGAGGAGCUUGGCGACGCCGACGCCUGGGACGAGAAGCGGAUGGAAGCAAUGCUGGACGAGUUCCUGCAGGCCCUGAAGCAUGGACGGCUUGAGGAUGAGGGGUGGCCGACGAUGCUGCCGGCGUACAGCAUGUCCAAGAUGGUGGUGAACCUCUACACCCGCAUCCUGGCGCGGCGGCACCCGGAGAUGCGCAUCAACUGCGUGCACCCGGGCUUCGUCAAGACGGAGAUCAACUGGAACACUGGCGUCAUCCCGCCGGAGGAAGGCGCCAGGGGUGCCGUCGAGCUGGCGCUGCUCCCUGACGACGGCCCGACCGGGUGCUACUACGAUCAGACACACCUGGGGGUUGCUUGGUGACCGACCUUCUUUGAGCUUAGGUUUUGUAUUGCCCUACACGACUGCUCGUAACAAUCUUUUUGCUGCGGCACAUUGUCCAUUAAAAACUUGGUUAUACCACUCACUGUACACAGAGGGGACAGGGGAGGCAGUAAUAAGAAGCUUUAGAGCCUGUCACAUUACCUGAUACAGCUGAUAGCAGUUUCAGUUGUUGAACAGGCCCUGAAACGAUUGCAGCAUGUAUCAACUACUUCUUGGAAAACUGGUUGUGCUGUUUCUGAACAAUA